UGAUUCUGCAUUUAGGCAUUUGACUUCCGAGUUUAAGAGAAUGGGCCCGAGGAUUUUUAUUUUCAUGAUUGGUGGUGCUACUAGAUCAGAGUUACGAAUGGCUCACAAGCUCACGGGGAAAGUAAGGAGAGAAGUUAUCCUUGGAUCUUCUAGUUUAGAUGAUCCUCCGCAGUUUAUCACGAAAUUGAAGCUACUCAGUUCCAAAGAAGUUUCAGAAAGUCUUAGACAAAUGCCGAUGAACAUCUAUUUUUAGGCGUCAAAAAAGCCUUAAAGCUAUCACACCGCUGGCAUAUACCAUGGGUCGGGCGGGUCACGGCCCGAAUUCGGCGCCGGUUAACAACGAGCUCCCAAUCACCCACAUCUAUCCGACGCUCCUCUUCUCCCAGCUCUCCGUCUACGCUCUUCACACUUCCUCAGCCAAGCCGGUACUGCACUCCCUUCCGUCUUUUGCCUUUCAUCCGAGCUCCAGUGGUUCUCUCAACUUCUAGGAACCAGUACAUCGACGUCGCCUCUGCUUUUUCAUCCGUCCUCCCAUUCUACGCUUUGGUUGGAAGCGAGUUCAUCAUAGGAAUCUUUUGAAUCUACCUGGGUUACGGUGCUGGUGGUGUUCUAGGGUUGGGGAGUAAUUAAUUUGAGGUUUUCUGGGGCGAAUUAUCAGUUUUGGAAAUGUCUCGACACACUGCAGCUGCACAUUUCCACAAAUCUAAAACGCUCUAUGACAAAUAUAUGCUUGGAGAUGAGAUUGGAAAGGGGGCGUACGGGCGCGUUUAUAAAGGACUUGACCUGGCAAAUGGUGACUUUGUGGCAAUCAAGCAGGUCUCCUUGGAGAAUAUCCCGCAGGAGGAUCUUAACAUAAUAAUGCAAGAAAUUGAUCUUUUAAAGAAUCUUAACCACAAAAAUAUUGUGAAAUACCUUGGAUCAUUAAAGACAAAGACGCACCUGCAUAUCAUUCUAGAGUAUGUUGAAAAUGGUUCACUGGCUAACAUUAUUAAGCCAAACAAGUUCGGACCCUUCCCUGAAUCAUUGGUUGCUGUUUACAUAUCUCAGGUUUUAGAAGGUUUGUUUUACUUGCAUGAGCAAGGAGUUAUUCACCGAGACAUCAAGGGUGCAAAUAUUUUGACUACCAAAGAGGGCCUUGUUAAGCUUGCUGAUUUUGGUGUUGCUACUAAAUUAAAUGAAGCAGAUCUUAAUACACAUUCAGUGGUUGGAACACCAUAUUGGAUGGCCCCUGAGUCUGUUCUAUUUGUACCUGUUGCAUCAACUACACAUAAUGAACAACGGAUCUCCCAGGAUAUGCAUCCCUUUGGUUAUGACUUAAGAGCUGCUUGCUCCCUUUCGAACGACGGAAUCAAAGGGGCGAUAAAUGAAAUUGCAGAGGUGAAGGAGAAGAAGAAUCCGAAGGGAAGGAUGGUGGUCAAGUGA